GUCGUGGUCAGAGUACAAAGAUGGUUUUGGAGACAUGACUGCAGAAUUUUGGCUUGGAAAUGAAAUCCUGCAUCACAUAACUACACAAGGAAAUUAUUCUCUGAAAAUCAACUUGGAAGACUUUGAUGACCAGCAGCGCUAUGCUGAGUACAAGAACUUAAGAGUUGCAGAUGAAAAGGAUCACUACCGCCUGAGCUUUGGGGCGUUUGAAGGGACGGCUGGAGAUGCUCUGUCUGGAGGUCACCUGGCAGCGGAGUCAGAGUGGGCCAGUCACCAGGGCAUGAAGUUCAGCACCUACGACCAGGAUAACGACAACUACAGAGGAAACUGUGCUCAGGAAGACAGAGGAGGCUGGUGGUUCAACAAGUGUCACUCAGCACAUCUCAACGGUGUGUACUACCCCCGUGGGCACUACAGUUCUCUGACAGACGAUGGGGUGGUCUGGUACCCAUGGAGAGGGUGGUGGUACUCGCUGAAGACCACCGUCAUGAAGCUGAGACCMACCGACUACCAAGAGUCCAUCUGAGACCCCUGUUCCUCGCAGACCACCGGCCUAGAUGAAACAUUAACUUAACCAACAUAGUCCUGCAAAUAAAUAAUCUGUAUUAACUUGUAUCAGGUGGGAGCAAAGAUUUAAACAAGAAGAAUGUUUGAAGAGAACAGUGAAAGUGUAAGAAGAAGAAGAAGGAGAAGAAGAAGAAGAA